CCUGAGAGUCAGUCACACUGACAACGUCUUGCAAUAAAAAAUUAACAAUAUCUUUUUUUUUGCUAUUGAUAAAAGCUGUACUGUAUUUGCUACAUGCCAAUUCGAUAGCGCGACUGAGAUACGUCCUGCGUCAUUGCAUCGCAUCGCAUCGAUAAUCCACACUCUGUACACCUGUCUGUCCCACAAUGGACAACACCCAUUCGCAUUUCACAUCGAGAUUACCAGGCCGUCAAAAUACUUAAGUGAAAAGUGAAAAGCAUUACUACUUGUCCUGCCAUCAAUUCGAUCGUUGAGAACUCGGACGAGCCACAGCCCAGUCUCUCGGAUCUGCACGACUUCGAGCCGAAGCUAGAGUUCGACGACACAGAGCUCCUGAGCCCGGCUCCUCUAGAGAAAGAUGUUAUGGUCGGUGACUUUGUGCUGGCCGAUGAUCCAGAUCUUGAGCCCGAGGAGGAUGUGAAUCCCCUGGAGGACGAUUAUGAAGAUCAACUGAGGGAGCAGUCGGAGCAGUUUCAAGCACCCAAAAACAAAUGCGACUUUCUAGGCACCGACAAGCAGGGUCGCCACGUCUUUGGCAUUUACGCAUCGCGGUUUCCCGAGAAGUCGCAGCUGGAGGGUUUCGUGCGUCAAAUCAUCAAAGAGAUCGAACCAUUUGUGGAGAACGACUACAUACUCGUUUAUUUCCACCAAGGGCUUAAGGAGGACAACAAACCGUCGGCGCAGUUCCUGUGGAACUCGUACAAGGAGCUGGAUCGAAACUUUCGUAAAAACCUAAAAACUCUGUAUGUGGUGCAUCCUACGUGGUUCAUUCGGGUCAUCUGGAACUUCUUCAGCCCCUUCAUCAGCGACAAGUUCCGCAAGAAGCUAGUGUACAUCUCCAGCCUGGAUGAGCUGCGCCAGGCUCUCGGCCUGAACAAGCUGAAGCUGCCCGAUAACAUUUGCGACUUUGACGACAAGCUGAACCCCAGCCGCAAGUCAGCCGCAGGCGCACCCGCAUCUCAUCUAACAAGCAGCGUAAAUGCAUCCAGGCAGCAGCAGCACAAAAUGGCGCCGACGAUGCAAUUUGGGGUGCCCCUGAAGUAUAUUGUUGUGAACAGUCCCUGCCUCAACUCCAUACCCCCGAUAGUGCGCAAGUGCGUGGACUCUCUGUCGAUUACGGGCGUGAUUGAUACGGAGGGGAUCUUCAGGCGAUCGGGCAACCAUGCCGAGAUCAUGGCCCUCAAGGAGCGCGUCAAUCGCGGCGAGGACGUGGACCUGAAGAGUGUGAAUGUUCAUGUGAUUGCAGGCCUGCUGAAAAGUUUCUUGCGCGAUCUCUCAGAGCCGCUGCUCACAUUCGAACUGUACGAGGAUGUGACCAAGUUCCUGGAAUGGCCCAAGGAGGAGCGCUCCCGCAAUGUUACCCAACUGAUACGCGAAAAACUGCCCGAAGAGAACUAUGAGCUUUUCAAGUACAUUGUCGAGUUCCUUGUGCGUGUGAUGGACUGCGAGGAUCUCAACAAGAUGACCUCGUCCAAUCUGGCCAUCGUAUUCGGCCCCAACUUCUUGUGGUCCCGCAGCACCAGCACCUCCCUGGAGGAAAUCGCACCCAUCAAUGCAUUUGUCGACUUUGUCCUACAGAAUCACAAAGACAUCUAUUUGAUCGAUGUCAAUCAGCACGCCCUGUGAAGGAGUGUGUCCGUGUCCCCGCGAUCCCCCACAAACAAGCGAUCCGUAAUUUGUAAAUUGUUUGAUUUUAAUGUUAGUUGUAAGCAAAAGCACAGCCUCCAGCCGGCAGAGUCCGCUUAGCACAAGGGCAAACCUAGUACGGUGUAUAAAGAGUGUAUCUUAAUCCUAAGUUGAAUUUUUAAACUGUGUGUAAAUGUGUGAAAACGCUUGUAGCCAUCCCAACCCCCACCACACUCCCCAAAAUUAUAAUUAUUUAACUCUCACUAAAUGCUUAGUACGUUGAUUUACCAAAGAAAUUAGCAAGAGAGAAAUUUGAGAUGUUAUACAAUAAACACGCACAUUCCCAUUGCCCUAAGAAACGAAAA